GUCUACUGGGUCACGGAGCAACCGGUGAGUUCUCUUGCCCAAUACUUACCGUACUUGGAAAUGGUGCUCUAUCCGGCCAAGCUUAUGAUUGGAUUUGCAUCAGGCCUUUUCCAGAAGUUUUGGAUGGGCCUCAUGGGUCACCGCAGCUUGAAGAGAACUGUGAUCUUUGGAGAUGCGCCUUGGAUCUUUCUGUUCAGCUUGGGUGCGAAGGUCACAGCUGCUGACAGAAAUAAGUUCAAGUGGAACUCAGAGGGUAACGUACGGGUGACCAAGAAGUCUGAUGGCACCAAAAAACGUGUGUCUGGGUCAGGCGGACCCAACCUCAAGGAGACACAAUCAUACCCCGCUACAUUCUGUAGCAAAGUGGCUUCCUAUCACAAGAAGUAUUGCAUCGAAUCUUGGCUCAUUAUGUUCGAGAUCAUAUUAUUAAUUGUUGGGGCCAACCCACAAGAAGAGCUGUUUGGCUGGUGA